ACAAAUAUCAAUCCCCGGGCUCGUGGAUGAGAGGCUCGCGCGAGAGCUGGCGCAUGCGCACGGGCACUUUGUGCCAUAUUGGAAUGAGGUCGUGAACGACUAGGCGGAAAAAGACACGGCAUCUAAAACCGACUUGAAAAACUCCUCAUUGAAGCUGUUGGAUUGUGCUCCAGGGAGUUUAGACAUGAGCCUUGAGGCGCUGGAGUCUGAUGCAGACUCUGGUCAAGAUGCAAUGGAGUUUAACUGGGAUGAUCAUCUGGAAGAAACCGGGGCAUUUUCUGUUCCUCAUCAUGCAUUUAAACACGUGGAUCAGGGGUUGCAGACUGGUUUGGCUCCUGGUAUGAAGCUGGAGGUUUGUGUGCGUACCGAAUCAGAAAGUGCUUACUGGGUGGCCACAAUAAUAACCACCUGUGGGCAGUUGUUGUUGCUGCGAUAUGAGGGUUACCAGGAUGACCGGCGCGCUGACUUUUGGUGUGACAUCACAACCGCUGACCUACACCCGUUAGGAUGGAGCAAACAGCAAGGUCGACCAAUGAGACCUCCUGAGGGUGUGCGUGAAAAGCAUGAGGAUUGGGAGGCCCUGCUGGAGAAAGCUUUAGCUGAAACAUGCAGUGUACCUGCUAAUCUACUGGAAGGGGCCCAGCGUGGGUGUAAUCCCAUAGAUCUCUUUAAUCCAAGUCUUAACGUUGAGCUAGUGGACCGUCAGAAUGCUAAAGUGGUCUGGUAUGCAGUAAUCGAAGAUAACAUAGGGGGACGCUUACGGCUUCGAUAUGCCGGCACAGAGGGGCUCCCUGACACCCUUUCCAUCACCUGGGUCUUCUACCUGGAUCCCCUUCUUCAUCUGCCAGGCUGGGCACAGGAGCACAACUGCACUCUUGGACCACCAGCAGCUCUCCUCCCUCUACGGACUGAAGCCGAAUGGGAGGAGGUGAAGAAGAGCGUCUCCUCCCAGGAACAGGACUCCAGCAUCAGUGAUGAGUUUUACAGGGACAGACCGGCUAUUACACCACACUGUUUUACUGAAGCAAUGAAGCUUGAAGCUGUGGACCCAACUGCUCCUUUCACCAUCAGCCCAGCCACAGUGGCAAAGGUGUUUAAUGAUCAGUUCUUUCUGGUGCGGAUGGACGACAUGAGAGACGAGACACAGAAAGAGGGGGGUGGACAUGCUUUUCUCUGUCACAGAGACAGUCCUGGAAUCUUCCCAACACAGUGGUGUCUAAAGAAUGGAGUAAAGCUCAGCCCACCUCCAGGGUUUCAAGGUCAGGACUUUGACUGGGCUGACUAUCUAAAGCAGUGUGGGGCUGAAGCUGCGCCCCAGCACUGCUUCCCAACUGACCCAUCUGAUCAGUGCAUUAAAGAGUCUAUGAUGCUGGAGGCCGUCAACCCGCUCUGCCCUGAAAACAUUCACGUAGCAGCUGUUACCAAGGUCAAAGGUCAACACAUGUGGCUUCGUUUAGAAGGUUUAAAGCAGCCCAUCCCAGAGAUCAUAGUUCACACAGACUCAAUGGAUGUUUUUCCAGUGAGCUGGUGUGAGACAAAUGGCUACCCUCUCCAGCACCCCAGCAAGCCCAGAGUGGAAAAACAGAGAAAGGUGGCGGUCGUUCAGCCAGAGAAACACCGGCUCCCAUCAAAAGACUCCUCACCUGAUACUACCAAACAACAGCUGAACCACAGUCAGGCUGAGAUAGCAGGCCAGACAAAUGGAAAAUACUGCUGCCCUAAGAUCUAUUUUAACCAUCGCUGCUUCUCAGGACCCUACCUCAAUAAAGGCCGUAUUGCAGAGCUACCCCAGUGUGUGGGACCUGGGAACUGUGUCCUGGUACUAAAAGAGGUAUUGACGCUCCUGAUAAAUUCUGCCUAUAAGCCCAGUCGAGUGUUAAGGGAGCUGCAGCUGGAUCAGGAGGGCCACUGGCAGGGUCACGGAGAGACGCUUAAAGCCAAGUACAAAGGGAAGAGCUACAGGGCGACAGUAGAGAUAGUUCGCACAGCGGACCAGGUGGCUGACUUUUGUAGGAAGACAUGCAUUAAACUAGAGUGCUGUCCCAACCUGUUCGGCCCAAAAAUGGUUCUGGAGCGCUGCUCGGAGAACUGCUCAGUGCUAACCAAAACUAAAUACACAUAUUACUAUGGAAAAAAGAAGAGCAGGCGUGUGGGUCGACCUCCUGGAGGACACUCGAACUUGGAGGGUGGUGUAAAGAGACGAGGCAGGAGGAGGAAGAGAAGAAAGCAGCUUUUCGUCCACAAAAAGAGGCGCUCUUCUGCCUCGGUCGACAAUACUCCAGCAGGCUCUCCUCAGGGCAGUGGUGAUGAAGAAGACCUGGAUGAUGAUGAUUCUCUGAGUGAAGAUACUGGCUCUGAGCUGCAGGACGAGCUGAUGGAUGACUCUGAAUAUUCGGAAAAAAAGUCACAGCCUCCGACCCCCUCCCCCUCUCCUCCCGAAACACCCCGUCCUACACGUAGACGCCGCAAGGCUCGCUCGCCUUCCUGCUCGGAUGAUGAAAACAGACCUCCUUCACCCAAGAGUCCACGGGUUGAAGUUCCUCAGAAGCUUUGCUUAGACAGCAGUCCUCUGGAAUGGAGUGUCACAGACGUUGUGCGUUUCAUCAGGACGACUGAUUGUGCUCCUCUUGCACGCAUCUUUAUGGAUCAAGAAAUUGACGGUCAGGCCCUGCUUCUGUUGAAUCUUCCCACUGUACAAGAGUGUAUGGACCUGAAGCUCGGCCCUGCCAUCAAGCUGUGCCAUCACAUUGAGAGGGUCAAGCUUGCGUUUUAUCAACAGUUUGCCAGCUGAGGUUAACAUUUUGUAUAGAGGGGUAGAGCUAUUACAUUUUGGGGCGAUUACUUGAUGUUUGUGAUCUUCCUUUUUUAUUCUAAGGAACCUUUAAACUCACUAAGCGCUUUAGAAGCCUCCCUUACCAUUAGUUUGUCUACACAGCAGGCACAGUCUAGAUUAACUACUGGAGAGGCGUUUUCAACAGGGUGAAUCUGGUACUUUACAGCUGGGCUGUCCAUCUCAAUUUGAGCCUUGUCCUGGACUACUGUUUAGUUUGUGUCAACUUUCUUUUAGAGAUUAGUUCAGCUCAGGUUAUGUUAAGCCUGGAUCAAAAAUACUAGUCCAUGCGAGAAUAAGCAAAGCUCUUCACUCAUUUCUGAAACGGUUAUUAACUGUAGAGCGGAUGACAAUGCAAUUACCUUAAGCACAAAAUAACAAUUGCCCAUGUACUGUAAGUGGUAUGCAAACGUGUACAUACAGGAUUGUGAAUGUAAAUAGUGUAAAUAACCAGAUGUUAAUUUUAGUGGGAUUAAAGCUCCCAUUUCGCUUUGUUUGUGUUGUUUUUUUAAAUAAAAACCUUGGGAAUAACACUGUAACACAACAGUACAAAAGAAAGGGCAUGAUGUGCCUGCUUCUGUGAUUUCUGUAAAUACUAAUAAAAAAUUUGCAUAUUCUAGAAAAGCGUUACUAAAUAAAAGUGCAAGGUAAUAAACAAUGAUGAGGUGUUAUGGUUAAGACAGAAGCACAUAAAUAUUUCAGGUUAUGUCACUGACUGUGAUAGCGACAUUAUAGUGGCAAAUCCAGGGUCUAUCAACACCAAAUUGAAAAGAGGCUUUGUACUCUUUUAACAUGUCAGCAAAUAUUUUUUAAUCUGUUUAAAUUCAUUGAAUAAAUACAAGGGCAUCUAUGUUUUAAUAGUCUAAUGACUAGAUUGUGUUGCAAAGCUAUGGACAUCCAGAGUGAAAAGUCAUUUAUGGACUGUAAUUGAAUUGAUAGUGAGAUAUGCAACAGUCUCCUUUUUCUUCAUUUAACAUCCAUUUCCCUUGCUUCCCCUUCAUUCGUGCUGGAUUGGUAAAAGAUGUUUUUGAUAACUUGUUUUGCCAUGAUCUGUUUUGAUCCAGUUGAUCAAAGGAUAUUAAAUUAAUAAUGGUUUACUUUAAAUUACUUGUUGGUGGAAAAUGUUAUUUAAAAGAAAAUAAAUUGAUUGGAAUCUUG